AUGAAGAGGCCGAGGCAGAGGAGGAGGAUGAAGACCUGGACAAGGAGCCCGACUACAGAGAUGUGUCCAUCAGGACCGACGUGAAGGUGAAGGAGCUGUACGACGUGGAGGAGCGGCUGGGAACGGGGAAGUUUGGUCAGGUCUUCAAGCUGGUGGAGAAGGCCACGAAGAAGGUGUGGGCGGGAAAGUUCAUCAAGGCGUACUCGGCGAAGGAGAAGGACAACGUCCGGCACGAGAUCGGCAUCAUGAACAGCCUGCACCACCCGAAACUGGUGCAGUGCAUCGACGCCUUCGAGGGGAAGUCGGACAUCGUCAUGGUGCUCGAGAUGAUCUCCGGUGGCGAGCUGUUUGAGCGAAUCAUCGAUGAGGACUUCGAGCUGACGGAAAGGGAGGUGAUUAGAUACAUGCUGCAGAUCAUCGAUGGCGUCAGUUUCAUCCACAAACAGGGAAUCGUCCACCUGGACCUGAAACCAGAGAACAUCAUGUGUGUCAACAAGACCGGCGGGAAAAUCAAACUCAUCGACUUCGGCCUCGCCAGGCGACUAGAAAACGCAGGAACUCUGAAGGUUUUAUUUGGGACUCCAGAGUUUGUGGCUCCAGAAGUGAUCAACUAUGAAGCCAUCAGUUAUCCCACCGACAUGUGGAGUAUAGGAGUCAUCUGUUACAUACUGCUGAGCGGUUUGUCUCCCUUCAUGGGCGACAACGACAACGAGACUUUGUCCAACGUGACCUCGGCCUCCUGGGACUUUGAGGACGACGCCUUCGACGAGAUCUCAGACAACGGAAAAGACUUCAUCACCAACCUGCUGAAGAAAGACAUGAAGGCCAGGCUCACCUGUGCUCAGUGCUAUGAACACACCUGGCUGAAGCAGGACACCACCACCAUGAAGGCCAAGAAGCUCUCCAAGGAGAGGAUGAAGAAGUACAUCCUGAGGAGGAAAUGGCAGAAAACCGGUCACGCUGUUCGAGCCAUCGGCCGCCUGUCGACCAUGGCAAUGAUGGCCGGAGUCAGCGCCAAGAAAGGGUCGCCGACCGAAGAAGAUAACCAGUUCCUGGAGUGUUUGGAGUUCGAUCAGAAGACAGAGUGUAAACCUUCGUUCAGUUCUGUGAUCAAAGACGUUGAGGUGGUGGAGGGCAGCGCUGCUCGCUUCGACUGCAAGAUCGAAGGUUUCCCCGAUCCAGAGGUGGUUUGGUACAAAGACGAGCAGCCGAUCAAAGAGACGCGGCAUUUUCAAAUCGACUACGACGAGGAAGGAAAUUGCAGUCUGGUCAUUUCAGAGGUGUCAGGUGACGAUGACUCCAAGUACACGGUGAAGGCGGUCAACAGUCUCGGUGAGGCGACCUGCACCGCUGAGCUGCUGGUGGAGGUGAUGGCUGGAGAGGAAGAAGAAGAGGAGGAGGAGGAAUAGAGCAUGUGUUGGUCUGGACUCCCACAGAAGGAGGAGGAGGAGGAGGAGGAGCAGCUCCUCUUCAUACCUGAGCAGGAAGAUAACAGGUUGUGAUUGGAGGAGGAGGUGGUGGGCGGGGUUUCGUCAUGAGCAGUGAUGAUGUGUGCUAAGCCCCGCCCACCUGAAGCCUGGAGAAUAGAAGCCCCCCCCCUCAGGUUAGCAUCCAUUCAUUGGUGGGUUUCCUCUUCCUCUCACUGUCUAUAGACUGAGACGAGCUAACAAACAGUUGUCGUGUUUCCAUUCAAUUGUUCAGCAAAUUUUAAGGAAAUGUCGCAAAAAAAAAAAGUGAGUUAUGAGCUGAAGAGAAUAAACUUGUCUACAUGUUUGUAAUCUGCCAGUUAAAAGAGUAGAAGAAGAAGAAGAGAACAGGAAGAGCUUCAUGUGUUAAAGCUGCAUUCUCUCUAGUGUCCACCAG